CCGAGUUAUGACAAACCGACCCAUCAGGAUACUAACUUGGCAGCCCGCGGAUGAACUGAUCCGAGCUUUGUUCUUCAGAGACAGGCAUUCUAUCGAGCGCUUUUGCGAGUUUCCUUGUGCCACUGUUUUUUUUAAGUAUAUGGUUAAACAACUUUUAAUCUUUUCUCAGUCUCUGCGCAGGCAGCUUCGUUCAGGCUACUUCUACUUUCAGUGCUAGCAGCUUUGCCAUUGUUCCCCAGUGUUAUUGGGUUUCUUCCCCCCACCGAUCAGAUUUUCAUUUGACCAAGAUAGGCGGCUCGGGUACCAAGAUGUCGAACCGAAUGGUGUGCAGAGAAGCAAGUCACGCCGGCAGCUGGUACACUGCCUCAGGAUCCCAGCUGAAUGCACAGCUGGAAGGCUGGUUAUCUCAAGCACAAUCGACAGCAGGACCCGCUAGAGCCAUUAUAGCACCUCAUGCCGGUUACACCUAUUGCGGUGCUUGUGCAGCACAUGCCUACAAGCAAGUGGACCCCUCUAUUACUCGGAGGGUGUUCAUUCUUGGACCCUCGCACCACGUGCCCCUGUCUCGAUGUGCUCUCUCUCCUGCUGAGGUCUACAGAACACCACUGUAUGACCUGAGGAUUGACCAAAAGGUUUAUGCUGACCUGUGGAAAACGGGCAUGUUUGAGAGAAUGACUUUGCAAACAGAUGAAGAUGAGCACAGCAUUGAGAUGCACCUGCCUUACACUGCCAAAGCCAUGGAGAGCUAUAAAGAGGAGUUCAGCAUUGUUCCUGUGCUGGUGGGAGCUCUAAGUGAGUCUAAAGAACAGGAAUAUGGCAAGCUGCUCAGCAAAUACUUGGCUGAUCCUUCCAACCUGUUUAUCAUCUCAUCAGACUUUUGCCACUGGGGACAACGAUUCCGCUACACCUACUAUGAUGAAAAUCAAGGCGAGAUCUAUAGAUCUAUUGAACAUCUUGACAAGAUGGGUAUGGGAAUUAUAGAACAGUUGGACCCCGUCUCCUUUAGUAACUACUUGAAGAAAUAUCACAAUACUAUUUGUGGUCGACACCCAAUUGGUGUUCUUUUGAAUGCUGUGGCAGAGCUGAAGAAGAAUGGGCUAGACAUGAACUUCUCUUUUCUAAACUAUGCUCAGUCCAGUCAGUGCCGAAACUGGUCGGAUAGCUCAGUGAGUUACGCUGCUGGAGCUCUUGUUGUUCAUUGAGGUGAAUUCUCCCAGGAGCCAGUUCCAGGGUUCCUUUGAAGACCCCCAGAAAAAAAACACCCCCCCCACCACCUCACCCCCCCCUCUAUUCUAGAAAGCCCCCCAGCCUAGUACCUUUCUUCUUUCUGACAUCUGCUCCUUUGAAGAAUGGACCUUAUAUUUACAGAGAUGAGCUGUAACGCAUUAGAUACUAACCCUCAUUUUCCAACGUUACUGUUCUUUCUUUUUUUUACUCCCCUGUCUCACAACUAAGACAACGUGGUUGCUAUAGCUUUGAAGUGUUGUCACAGCUCAAGCUGCUGUGGAGUGGAAGAAGGGGUUGUUUUUUUUAUUUUUUUUUUUUUUUUUUUUUUAUUUUUUUUUUUUAAAUAGGUUUUUCUUUCGUUUUUUUAGGCUUUCCUCUAAUUGGUUUUUGAAGGGUGAUGGAAUCUGCUGUUGGCCCUACGAUCACUUCAGGUGUCCUUAGAGCUUAUAAAUCUUAACGCAAGAAAGUAUAUUCCAGUUAAAGUUAAAAUGAAUGAAAAAAUGUAUAUUCACCAUAUUUACACGAUAAUUUUUGCAGGUCUGUGCACAUGUAACCUAGCUUCAGUUUAAAGAAAAAAAAUUAUAUAGCGUUACAGAACUGAAGUAAAGUAAUAAGGGACAGAUUACUGCUUGCUAUGUCCAUGUAUGCCCUGAGAAUGACAGUGAUUGGUAACUACUGCCAUUAUUCUUCAUAUAACUGUUUUAGUUGUUAACAAAGUGCUACACAAUUUCAAGUCCUCUCACCCUCUGCUGUACAAUAUAUACCAAAAAAGUAUUUUUUUUUUUUAGUUAGUCUUUCAGUUUUUAUUUUCUACCUUUUUGUUUCCUUUUGUUGUGACUAUUAUGAUUAUUACUACUAUUAUUUAGCUAUUUUUCUUAGGUUUUAUUUUUUUUAACAUCGAUCUACUACAGAUUGGUAACCCAUUAAAAUAGGUGAAGUUUCUUGGAUGCCCAAGGCAUGUUUUUUGCUGGUCAGUUGGCUUACUGUCCAUAUUAACAGAAAAAAAAGCUCAGAGAAGCUUAUUUUUCCCUUCAAGAUUUCUAUGGACAGAGAGAUGUUCUCUCUGCUUGUUGGCAUGCUUAGUCACGCAUGCUAGCAACAGCAAUGUUGCAGUAGUUCUGAUGUUAAUCAUUAACAAGGAAACUUCUGAGAAGCAGGUUUCAGUAAUGCCACCCCUCCCCCCACACACACCCAUGAGCACAAUGCAGCAAGACACCUUAACCUCAGUGCAUCUGGCAGGUGCAAUCUCAGCCUUGCCUGGGUUGAUCAUCAGACCUGACCUUCAGCCGGAAAACAGUUCAGGCUGGUCAUACCAUGCAGAUGUGCCUUGGGUUUAUGUCGUAUGUUCUGAGUAAGGAGACUCACUCUCUUUUUCUCCUGCUCUAUGCUUUGCACCUACUCAGUCCCACUGUUCAACCCAGAGACAAAAAGACUCACCUUGGUCUGUGCUCAUGGAUAUUCACUGCAGAUCCCAUUCUUAUGAAAGCAGAGGGAAGGAUCUGUCUGCCCCCGAAGUUCCAGCACAAGUACUUAUUCUGAAGAAUAUAAUUGUUGUGUACUGUUGGUAUAGUUAUUUUUUUUGUUUUAGUUUAUGCCUUUUGAUUAUGCCUGGAGUUUUAACACGAUUCACACAUUGUCAUAAACCUAUGGAGGAUUAACUGAAACGCUCCUGAGUGGAGUUAUUUUUUGAAUCUCAGGUUACAUUGAUGAAGCAUUAAUGAGUGCUUGCCAGGAAUGGAAGGAGUUCAUGACUGAUGUUCAAAAAAAAAAAAAAAAAAAAGUAAAAUGAUUGAAAA